GUUGGAAGAUUAUCUCACCCAGCCCUAGCUAUAUAAGCUGACCCGGGUGGAGGGGCUCAGCGGGGCUGCCUCAAGGGAUUCAUUCUACAGCAGAAGAACUUACAGAUGAACUGAACUUCAGGCUGACAUGAUGAUGCUGAAAGUAGAAGAGCUGGUCACAGGGAAGAAGAAUGGCAGUGGGGAUACCGGGGAAUUCCUUCCUGAGGAUUUCAGAGAUGGAGAGUAUGAAGCUGCUGUUACUUUAGAGAAGCAAGAGGACCUGAAAACACUUCCAGCCCACUCUGUGAGUCUGGGGGAGCAACAGCAGAAAAUCGAGAAACAGCGAGAGGCAGAGCUCAAGAAGAAAAAACUAGAACAAAGAUCAAAGCUUGAAAAUUUAGAAGACCUUGAGAUAAUCAUUCAACUGAAGAAAAGGAAAAAAUACAGGAAAACUAAAAUUCCAGUUGUGAAGGAACCUGAACCUGAAAUCAUUACGGAACCUGUGGAUGAGCCUAGGUUUCUGAAGGCUGCCCUGGAGAACAAACUGCCAGUAGUAGAAAAAUUCUUGUCAGACAAGAACAAUCCAGAUGUCUGUGAUGAGUAUAAAAGGACAGCUCUUCAUAGAGCAUGCUUAGAAGGACAUUUGGCAAUUGUGGAGAAGUUAAUGGAAGCUGGAGCCCAGAUUGAAUUCCGUGAUAUGCUCGAAUCCACAGCCAUCCACUGGGCAAGCCGUGGAGGAAACCUGGAUGUCUUAAAAUUGUUGCUGAAUAAAGGAGCAAAAAUCAGUGCUCGGGACAAGUUGCUCAGCACGGCGCUGCACGUGGCGGUGAGGACCGGCCACUGCGAGUGUGCGGAGCAUCUCAUCGCCUGUGAGGCCGACCUCAAUGCCAAAGACCGAGAAGGAGACACCCCCCUGCACGACGCCGUGAGACUGAAUCGUUACAAGAUGAUCAGACUCCUGAUUACCUAUGGCGCAGACCUCAACAUCAAGAACUGCGCUGGGAAGACCCCGAUGGAUCUGGUGCUGCACUGGCAGAAUGGAACCAAAGCAAUAUUUGACAGCCUCAGAGAGAACUCCUAUAAGACCUCCCGCAUGGCUACAUUCUGAGGGAAACAGCAACAUGCUUUUCACCAGCUGCUCUUCACCAGCAUUUUGAAGGCAUGGCCCCAAAGACAAGCGACUAUUCAUGAAAUCCAGCUUUUAUUGAUAGACCAGUUGUAAAGCUGCACUUAAUGAAGUUUUGUGAAAGCACAGGGAUAUAGGUAUUGUAAUUCCCCUUAGUGAGACACACUCUAUUUAUUUUUAUUUAUUCCUGUUAUUUAUUUAUUUACAUCGAUACCACUGAUAGACCUUUCAUGAUCAUCCACUUGGUGAGCAAAGCUUAAUCUGUUUAUAACACUUCAGAGCCUUCUCAUAAGUAGUUCUUAAACCACAGUAAUGAGCAGUGCUGUCAGUGCCUACUUACCUGUCCUCUUGUUCAUGGAAGAUACUUCAAGGUAUUUUUAAAAGACAAAGGUGAUUAUCGCAGCCCUCAUUUCUCCUGAAUUUUUAAUGCUGAAGUUUGAGGUAAUAGAAAGUAUGUAGUUGACAGGAAAGGGAACAGUAGAAUGAAAGUGAUUCUGUGAGAACAGGAAAGCCAGCCAUUUUAUGCCUGGGCCUGGUAUUUCUUACCAAGCCAGGAGCUGUACCGAGGUGAAGAGGAAGUGAUGAGUGUAAGUGGAGUGCAGUGGACAGAGUGGGCCACUGAGCCAUGCAGAACUGAACUUGCUCAAAAAAGUUGAAAGUAACUGCAAAUUGUAAAUGUGUAAAUGUAUAUUAUGUUGUAUGUAUAUUUUAUAUUCAUAAUAAAAGCAAAUUCUAAACCUCUAA